CCUUUCAAAACCAUAUGAAAGAUAAAUGUCAAAAUAAUUCAACUGUGCAAACAAUAUUGUUCACUUUUUUUUUUCAAGAAUGUAUUCGGUGAAAAAAAUAAAGUUUUUGUGUCGUAAUUUAUUUAAUAUCCAAUCCGAUCAACUUAUGAUAUAUUAAUUAUAGUUUAGUUUUAUAAUUUUUAAUUAAAAUUGAUCUGAUCCAUUGGAAAUAAAUUCUAUAGUAACAAAAAAAAUUGUAUAUGUAUAAAUAAAAUGAUCAAAUAUAUAAAAAAUUGUCAAUAAUAUAUAUAAAUAAACUCACCAUGCGUAAAACGCAUGUUUUAUCCUAGUAUUGUAUUAUUAUAUUAUCUAUCAACAAAAUAAAUUCACAUCGUUAAAAAUAAAUAUAAUCACAAAUUUAGGGAUCUUUUCUAUAAAAACGCAAUCACCAAUUAAUGUGACUGAAAUCAUAUCCAUCGAAUUGUCGUUGACCAUCAAAGUAUCUCAUUAGUCAUUAGUUUUCAGAUUUUUAUUUCCUUAAAAAUCUCAGUUUGAUAACGGUUUUCUUUAUUGAAUAAAUAAUAAUAAUAAAAAAUGACGAUUCAAAUUCUUAACCGGUUCACUGCUUCUCGGACCCUAUAAAUUACACCGUCACUUCUCACUUUCUCAGUCUUCACAGCUCUCACAAACCCCCUUUGGAAUACGAUACGAUCUGGGAGUCUUCAGGUACGUUCACCAUCUUGAUUAGAGUUUAUGAUUCAAUGGUUGAGUAUCGUUGCUGAUGCCUAAGAUUAGGGUUUGAAUAUCGAUGCUAAAGAUUCUCGUUCUCUAUUACUUUGAUCGCAGAAAAUGUGUAGCGACACGAUCAUUGAGUAUGAGCAAGGAUGUAGGUUCUUGGAAACUGGUGUUUCCAAGCUUACAAGGAUUCUUGAAGAAGAGACGUCUGAGAAACCGUUUACUCGUGAACAAUACCUAGAGUAUUACACAACAAUCUACAACAUGUGCAUCCAGGAAAACCCUCACAACUACUCUCAGAGGCUUUAUCAUAAGUAUCAUGACAUUGUUGAACACUAUGCCAACGAAACGGUGUUGCCUUGUAUUCAGCAGAAGGAUGCUGUAUACUUGCUCAGAGAGCUUUCUCGGAAGUGGGAUCAUUAUAAAGUUUUCGUCAAGUGGUUAUCCCACUUCUUCACCUAUCUUGAACGUUCCUUCAUUUCAUAUAGAAACUACCCAUCACUUCUUGAAGUUGCCAUGAAGUCCUUCCGCGACCUAGUUUACCUUGAGGUGCAAGUCAGUGCCAAAGAUGUUGUUAUGGCACUGAUUAAUAAAGAACGUGAGGGCGGAGAGAUUGAGAGGGAACUACUGAAAAACAUAGUAGACAUCUUUGUUCAGAGUGGGAUGGGAACUAUGGAAAUGUAUGAAAAGGAUUUUGAGAUGUUCUUGCUUGAAGACACGGCGUCUUACUACUCACGCAAGGCCUCAAGCUGGAUCCAGGAGGAUUCUUGCCCUGAAUACAUGAUAAAGUCUGAGGAGUCUUUGAAAAAGGAGAAGGAGAGAGUCACUCACUACCUUCACUCAACCACCGAGCCCAAACUAGUUGAGAUUGUGCAGGAAAAAUUGUUGGUUUCGGUUGCAAAACAGCUUCUAGAGAAAGAGCACCUAUGUGCGUUGCUGAGAGAUGACAAGAUGGAUGAUCUCUCCAGGAUGUACAGGCUUUUUAACCCAAUUCCCAAUGGUUUGGAGCUUGUUGCCAAAGCCUUCAGGCUUCAUGUUACUAGUGAAGGGAAUGCACUUAUCAAACAAGCCCAAGACUCAGCUACUACUGGUAGCGUGGAGGGACAGGUCCUUGUCGGGAAGAUAAUAGACCUGCAUGAUAAGUACAUGGUCUAUGUCACGGACUGUUUCAAGAACCAUACCCUCUUCCAUAAGGCGUUGAAAGAAGCUUUUGAAAUCUUCUGUAACAAGAAAGUGGGUGGAAGCUCUAGUGCAGAGUUACUUGCAACCUUUUGUGACAAUCUUUUCAAGAAGUCAGGAAAGAGUGAUGAAGCCAUUGAAGCUGAGAUUGACAAUGUGGUUAAGUUGCUUGAUUAUAUAAGUGACAAGGAUCUAUUCGCCGAGUUUUAUAGGAAGAAGCUAGCACGUAGACUCUUGUUUGAUCGCAAAGUCAAUGACGAGCAUGAAAGAAGUAUGCUUACAAAGCUCAAAGGACAACAUGGUGGCCAGUUUACAUCUAAGAUGGAGGGCAUGUUGACUGAUAUGGCAUUGGCCAAAGAAAAUCAGAAGGGCUUCGAGGGAUAUGUAAACGGAAAACCAGGUGGGAUUGAUUUGGCAGUCACUAUUCUCAACACAGGUUUUUGGCCGAGUUACAAAACAUCCACCGACCUCAAUCUACCACGUGAAAUGGUCGAGUGUGUUGACGCUUUCAACUCAUAUUAUGGAUCGAAAACCACUAAGAGGAAGCUCAGCUGGACUUAUUCUCUGGGAACAUGUCAUGUUAUUGGAAGAUUUGAUCAUAAACCAAUCGAGUUGGUCCUUUUUACCUACCAGGCUGUUGUGCUGUGUCUAUUCAACAACACAGAAAGAUUAACCUACCAGGAGAUCAUUGAACAACUAAACCUCAGCCAUGAAGAUCUUGUAAGGGUGCUUCAUUCACUCUCAUGCUCAAAGUACAAGAUUCUUAACAAGGAACCAGCCUCAAAGAGUAUCUCUACAACGGAUGUUUUCGAACUCAACACCAUGUUCACAGAUAAAAUGAGGAGAAUCAAGGUGCCUCUUCCUCCAGUGGAUGACCGCAAGAAAGUAGUUGAAGAUGUUGAUAAAGAUAGAAGCUAUGCGAUUGAUGCUUGUAUUGUGAGGAUCAUGAAGAGCAGAAAAGUGUUGCUGCAUCAACAGUUAGUCUCUGAAUGUGUUGAGCAGCUUAGAAGAAUGUUCAAGCCUGAUGUAAAGAUGAUCAAGAAAAGGAUUGAGGAGUUGAUCAGCAGAGAGUACUUAGAGAGGGACACCAAAAACCCCAAUACUUUCAAAUAUGUGGCUUAGUUCAGAGUACCUUCUAGAGGAGAGUAGAGAAGGUGUUAUGGUAUUCAACUUUUUGCAAGUCUUUACUUUUUUUUUUUUGCAAGUCUUUACAUUCUCUCAGUUGUCUUGUACAAAAUGCUGGAAUUAAACGGAUAAAAAAACCUUUAAUUCAAGUCACAAUUGCUACAAAGCCAGAGAGUAUUUACCUUUUCCUAAAGAUCUCUAUACCAUGUAUAUACUAUAUGCUCAAAGAUCCUAACACUAUACACUUGAGAAGUGAAAUAAGUUUACAUAUAAGGAUUGCCAUGAAGCUUGUAACCUGCAACAUUUAAUAAAUUCCAUAUUCCUCUCACAUUAGUGUAAAGAAGAAUAAUCAUAUAAACCAAAUUCAUAAAUGUGACAUCAUGCAUGUCAUAUGAUAUUAUCAGAAUCAAAAUUAAUAUCUGACAUUAAUUAUCUCCAUCUAUAAACCUGUAAAUAUCAAUAUCUCACCUAGCUUUUUAGCUUCUGCCGCACGCUUCCAAUUAGGGAAUAGGUUGAAGUGAACACCUUCUUUAAGCAGUACAUCGGAAGACGAGCUCAUUGAUUACCCAAUAAAAUUUAUAAUAUAUAUACAGUAAGUUAUUAUAUAUAAUUAUAUAUAAUUCAAAAGAGAGGAAUAUUUUGCUUUUGCUUUCGUGCGACUCAAGUGAUGAAUACGGUUUAUGUAUUUUUUUAAAAGAUAUAUAAAAAGAAAUUGACGAUUCAAGUUAUUCACCGCUUCACAGCUUCUUGGACCCUAUAAAUACACACAGUCACUUUCUCAGUCUUCACAGCUCUCUCAAACCCCGCUGGAAUCCGAUUCGAUACGAAUCUUCAGGUACGUCAAGAUUUUGAUCAUUAGACCAUCAUUAUCCCAGGUCCUUAAGUGGAGUUUUUAAGAAAAUCAGUGAUUUAUUUAAAUCAAAAGUAAUUAAAAUAGCAGUAGUCGAUCCUUAAUAGAAGACUUUGGAAACCGAUUUAGAGUGGAGUUUUUAAAACACGUGUCAGAAAAUUCUGAAAUUUCAAUUUUUUUAUCUCUCUUUUCUUCUGUUUCUCGUCGUCUCCUUCUCCUCUAGGCUUCUUCGUUGGACGAUACAAGCUCCCCUGAGUUAACAACAAAAGCACUCUUCUUUCGUUUCUUCAGCUACCAAAUCCUCUUUCUCUCCAGGACAUGACAAAGGAAUAAAAGUGGUUACGUUUUGUAUCAGUCACGUUUUGUAUGCUUCUGUGGGAGCAGCAACGUUUUGUAUCAUCGGCCUAGUGAAGAAGUGUCAUUGUCGUCACUCACGUUUUGUAUGCUAGUGUAUUAUCAGUAUACAAACUUUUGUAUCAUUGUCGUCAUAUUCUUCAUUCUCAAUCUUUUCAAUGUUUUUUUGUUUUUCUUGUUAUCUUUUCAAUGUUUUUUGUUUUGUUUUGUGUAUAUCAUGCUUAAUGAUCUAGUAUGUUUGACAGCUUGUAACACACCUUGGUGUUUAUCCGAGGUGAUGUUGUGUUCACAAGCAAACUCACUGACGAGGAGGCGAAAUGGAUCAUGGAGACGGCUCAGUCGUUUUACUUGAACGACACUCGGUACAAGCUGCUCGAGAAGUAAUAAAAACUGAAACGAUUCUUGUGUUCUUGAGACACGCUUGUAUUAGAAUUGUUUUUGUAUGGUAAUAAAAACUACAUCACCAAAUGGUUGAGAAUACUUCUCUUUUGUAUGAUUUAUAUAAUACAAACUAUGUGUAUACUGAUAAGAACUGAAGUGUAUAUUGAUGAAGAACCUCCCAAUAACACUUCUCUUCAUU